AUGGAAAAGCAAUUUGAUGCAAUAGCCUCAAAAGUGACCGAGACCAUCCAGAGCAUCAGUUCUAUAUACAAUGAGAUUGGGUACACCUCGCUGGAGAUUGCGGAGAAAAAGGCGGAGAUUUUCGAAACCAUAAACAAUGCAAUCGUUUCGUUCAAGAGCAAUCUCGAACGUGAGAAAAAUAGCAUCAACAACGAAUGCGAGUGGCUCCGGCAGCAAAUUCGCGUGAUUCUUGCGAUGUUGAACGAUCAUACUGGCGAAAAACACUUGAAGCUCUCGAGCAGGGGUGUUGUAUUUGACGACGAGCUUAUGUAUGCAGAAGGAGCAGUUGCCAUGGGAGAGGCAAGUGCUGCUAGCAACCAGAAUCACUUCAUGACCAACCACAGCCCAACGUUGUCCUUGCUUCAGUACAAGACACGGCUAAAUCUGAUAUUUCUAGAGGUUUUGAAGGCGUUUGUGAAGGUAUUCAAACGAUUCAACGAAGUUAAUCGGAUGUUUUGGGAAAAUAUCGACACCAUCACGGAUGACUUCACCGCACAUAAAAACUCUGUCUUUUCAGAAUCCAUACCUAGCAAACUGGAUGCCGAUGAGCAUGCGGUACUUAUCGCAGAAUUUGAGUCGAUUCUAGAGCAGUUGAACAUGACAACUCGGAACUACAAUCCACAGUUACGCCAGGGUAUGAGCGAAACUGCAGUGCAGGAUGUUGCUUUCAUAAUCUCAAGCCCAAGGAAGAAAAAACAAUCGAUGGCUGGCCUGGAGUCGGAAAUCGACCCUGAUGCUUCUUCUGAUGAGGCUAUGAAUCGACUCAGGGAAAUUAACUAUAAACUUGUACACGCCAUCCGGGGACUCAAGGUGACGAAGGUCACCAACGAAACGAUCGCACAGUUGGCCAAAGAAGUCGAGACCACAGAAAAUGAGAUCGAAGUUCGAGUGCAGAGCAUGAAAGACAAAAUAUCCGACUGUUUAAAUGUAAUCGACGUGCUUUCGUUGACUGAACUGGAUCUUAUUGCCAUACAGCGAAUGCAAAGUCAAUCUGACCGUGAGAAACAAGCCUCAUACGCUGGUGAAGGGUUGUUUGAUGUCGACACGCUUAGAUUCAUUCAAAAUAAUCCCCGUGAGUUUGGGUUGAUGGAUCAUCAUUUGAACUUUGUCGCCAGACUCACGCACACUUUACAAACAAUCAGGGACAACAAGAAAAAGAAAUGGGAGCAGUAUUCACAGGUCUGUUCAAGCUUAUGGGAGAAGCUUGGUGAAAAUAGAAGCUACACUGAAAUCUUUCUUGCAGAAAACUCGAACUUAACUGACCUCGCCUUGACGAAUCUUAAAAUGGAGUUGAAGAGGCCAUACGCAAUGCGAUCCGAGUACGUUGAUAGCUUCAUUCUUGAUGCACGAAAGCAGGUUUUCGAGCUUCAUUCGAAAUUGCUCUAUUCAGAUGCUCGACGCCAAGAGUUCAAAUACAAAAACUACGAUGUGAAUGAUAUUUCUGGAGACAAGGAAUGCAUUCUAGAUGAGCUCGAGGUGGAAAUUGAGAAACUCAAGCGUGACUAUGCUUCUAAAGAGCCCGUCUUAUCUCUCUACGCUGAACUCAAUGAAUUGCUCGAGGAUCAGAAUUUCCUCAAUGAAUCGUCCAAAGAUUCCUCUCGCUUGCUCAGCAAAAACUCGUGCAAGAUUUUAUUGAAUGAAGAAAAGUUGCGAAAAAAAAUCAACAAGAAUUUACCAAGAGUCCUCAGCUCCUUGAAACAGGAGAUAAUUACCUACAACGAUAGACUGCUUUCAGAAGGUCUAUCCCCUAUCACUGCUGGCAAUGAUGAUAUGUUUGAGAAGAUUUUAUUGAUAGAAUCCGACUUAGGCACACAGGGUAGUAAGCCAACGAGAAACAAGCCUAGCGUUGCUUUUUCAACGAGAACAUCUUCGCCCAAAAAACCUAGCUUGCCAGAAAUGAACACCAUCAGGCGUUCUCCAAGAGCAGAAGAUCACAAAGUUCUCGGCAAGAAAACUGCACUUGGAAGCGCCGUUUUGGUACCCCUCAACACAUCUUUGGCUCCCAAUGAUAUAUGCUCUGCAGGGCCUUCGCCAGUGAGCCGGGAAGAUUCGAGUUCCAGCUGCACCAGCAGCAACGACACGUUAUACUCAAUUUGUUCCCGUGUUUCGCCCUUGAAAACGGCGUUGAAUGUCAACCGGUCUUUCUCUGACAAUUUCUCUCCUUCAAAAAGAGCUGACAAGGGCACCGAAAAAGGACCGAUUUCGACAGAAGACGAGAAAGAAAACCCGUUUGUUGCACGCAAAACUGUUUUCGGGGGACCGCUCGGGGCGCUUCUGAAACCCAAGAAAUCUAGGGAAGACGCGAGGCUAAGCAGCGGCAGUCUCGCCAAUUCCACGAUUGGUGGUGACGACUACCAAACAUGGCGGGAUGAGCGAAUUAAGGAAAUUAAUGGGGAGGACCUAGACUUAUGCUAG